UGGACACAGGCAGCGGGCACCAGGGCUGGCAGCAGGCACAGUGAGCUGCCAGCCGACGUGCUAACUGCCUGGGAGGAAUUUUCCUGGUUAUUUCUAAUAUCUUAAAAAAAAAAAAAAGUUUGGAGGCCUGCACUGUGAUGGAGCAGGUAAAGCCGCCACCUGCAGCACUGGCAUCCCGUGUGGGCACCGGUUCGAGUCCCGGCUGCUCCAGCUCUCUGCUGUGGCCUGGGAAAGCAGUGGAGGAUGGCCCCAGUCCUUGGCCCCUACAGCCUCAUGGGAGACCUGGAGGAAGCUCCUGGCUCCUGGCUUCAGAUCGACAGCUGCAGCCUUUGCGGCCAUUUGGGAAGUGAACCAGUGGAUGAAAGACCUCUCUCUCUGCCUUUCAAAUGAAUAAAUAAAUCUUAAAAAUCAGUGCAGCAUAACUGAAAAAUAAAAUAUUAAUACUGGAUAUAAAUCUCCAUUUUGGGUAACCUUGCAAAAAGAACUCUAUCGGCCCAGAUUGAUUUAUGGGAGAAUCCUACCAAACCUACCAGGACGAGAAGGACAGCGUGUGUCCACGGCCUCGUCCAGGAUCAGCAGAGGGGGGCUCCCACUCCACGCUCCGUGGGUGGAGCGUCACUGAUAGGAGAACCAGGCGACACACGCUUCAGACCACUACCCCAGGAGCUUAGACGUAAAAACCGUCAAUACAUUAACAAAGCAAACCCAGGAAUACAUGGAGAGGGUGACCCACGGUGACCAGGCGACGUUUAUCCCAAGAAUGCAAGACUUGCUCAUUAUUCAAAGAUCAGACGGAGCCGGCGCUGUGGCGCAGCAGGUUAAUGUCCUGGCCUGAAGCGCUGGCAUCCCAUAUGGGCGCCAGUUCAAGACCCAGAUGUUCCACUUCCAAUCCAGCUCCCUGCUAUGGCCUGGGAAAGCAGUGGAAGAUGGCCCAGGUCCUUGGGCCCCUGCACCCACGUGGGAGACCCGGAAGAAGCUCCUGGCUUCAGAUUGGUGCAGCUCCGGCCUUUGAGGCCAACUGGGGAGUGAACCAGAGGAUGGAAGACCUCUCUCUCUCUCUCUCUCUCUCUCUCUCUCUCUCUGCUUCUCCCUCUCUCUCUGUAACUCUUUCAAAUAAAUAAAUAAAUUUUUUUUUUAAAAAAAGUUCAGACGAUAAGACCCACCAGGGGAUCACAGGAAUUGAUGCAGAAGAACUCAGUCAGACGCAGUGCCCUGUUAGGAUUAAAAACCACAGAAGAGAGCAGUGAGUGACAGCCCACCUGUACCUUAUGGAGAAAGACCGGGUGCUUCCCCCGGAGACGGGGACCGGGGCACGAUGUCCACCCUCACUUCUGCUCAGCCUUGAAGUGGGUGUCCCGGACAGCGCAGUGAGGGAGGAAGCGGGAGGAGGGCACAGAGCGGCUGUGUCAGCUUCGCUGCUGGGUCGUCUGUGUGGGAAACCCCAGGUCUCAAUCAGUGAGCUUUGUAAGCUUGCAGGGAGCAGGCACACACCAGUCCUAUCCCAGUGUGUACUGGAAACUAAAAAGACAGUACCACUCACAGGAGCUCCCAGCACUGUUCACGGUGUGAACCCAACGGUGCGCGCAGCCCUUAGGUUGAAAGCUGUGAAGUGCUGGGGCAGCCGUCGGUGCCGGGCCCCACAGGCUGGGAGAUUGAUUGCAGCAGACGCCAGCUCACCCAGAACGGAGCCACAGGUCCAGCUCAAAUCCCAGCGAGAUUCUCAGCAGGGCAGUUUUGUGCUUGCCGACAAGGUGGUUCAUUUAUUUAUUUCAGAGAAAAAACACUCCCAUCUGCUGGUUCACUCCCAGGAGCCCACAGUGGCUGGGAGCUGGACUCCUCCCAGGUCUCCCGCGUGGGGAGCUGGACUCCUCCCGGGUCUCCCGCGCGGGGAGCUGGACUCCUCCCGGGUCUCCCGCGCAGGGAGCUGGACUCCUCCCGGGUCUCCCGCGCGGGGAGCUGGACUCCUCCCGGGUCUCCCGCGCGGGGAGCUGGACUCCUCCCGGUCUCCCGCGUGGGGAGCUGGACUCCUCCCGGGUCUCCCGCGUGGUGGCAGGAACCUGACUACUUCAGCCUCCCAGGGAGUGGGCAUCUGCCGUGAAUCCAGGGCUCGAACCAGGAGCACAGAUGUGGGUGCUCGUGUCAGCCGGCGUCGUAGCUGCUGGGCCAGAUACCCGCCCUACUUUCGAUUUCACGUGAAAGACGAAAGACCUAGAGCAGCUAAGAGAGUUCUGGAAAAGAAUGAAGCUGGAGGAGUCAGUCCCCUCGUUGUGAAACUUUACUCGAGGCUGCAGAAAGCAGCUGUGGGGCUGGCAAAGGGACGGACAGCCAGUCCCUGGCACCAAACAGCCAGAAACAGGCCUGCCACUUCCUCUUUGAUAAAGGCACAGAGCGUGGAGAAAGGAUAGACUUUAUUUAAAUGUUUGUUUAUUGUCAUCUACUUAGAAGAGAGAGAGAGAGAGAGAGAGAUCUUCCAUCUGCUGGUGCGUACACUAAUGCCCGCAAAAGCCAGAGCUGGGCCAGGCUAAAGCAGGAGCCCAGAACCGUGUGGGUGGCCGGGCCAGGCCCUGAGUCACCACCCGCACCACUGCAUCCAGGACGCAGCAACAGGACUCGGUCGGCAGCAGAGGAGCUGAGGCUGACCUGACGCUCAGAUGUGGGUGCAGCUGUCCCAGGCAGGGGCUUGGUCCAGUGAGCUGCGACCCUCUCCUGUGAGAGGGUGGACUUUGAACAAGUGUUACUGAGCCAGUGGAUAUUAAUAUGCAGAAACAAGACCCUCAGCAUUGGUUUACUCAAAAUAUAUAUCCAAAUUUAAAAUUUUAUUUAUUUAAAUUUUAAAUUAUUUAUUUUCAUUUUAUUCAAAAAAGGAGGAGAUCUUUCAUCCGCUGGUUCACUCCCCAAGCAUCUGCACCAGCCAGGGCUGGGACAGACCGAAGCCAGGACCUCAGACCUCCAGCUGGGUCUCCCCUGUGGCUGUCAGGGACCCAAGUCCUUGAGCCAACUCCACUGCCUUCCUGGGUGCGUUAGCAGGAAGCAGACUCGGAAGCUGGGGCUUGAACCAGGCGCUCUGACGUGGGGUGGGCAGUUUAGCUGCUCUGCCACACGCCUGCUCCCAAAUGCAGAAUUCUAACACCUUAGAAGAGGGCGUAGGACAAAAUCUAAGUGUCUAAGAUACAAAGAGUGUUCAGCCAAGGACUUGUGUCUGGAAUGAGUAGAGAACUUUGAACACUCAGCCAUAAGGGGCCUGCGCCCUGCGGCAGCAGCAUCGCCCCACUUCCAGUCCUGCCCCCUGGAAAGGCCUGGGCCCCUGCACCCACGUGCGAGACCCUGAGGGGGCUCCUGGCUCCUGGCGUUGACCUGGCCCAGCCUCUGUCAUUGCAGCCAGUGACCCAGGCCAAAGCCAGAGCUCCAUCUGGGUCUCCCACGCAGGUGCAGGGGCCCAAGUACUUGGGCCAUCUUCCACUGCUCUCCCAGGCGCAUUAUCAGGGAUCUGGAUUGGAAGUGGAGCACCUGGGACUGGAACCAGCACCCAUAUGGCAUCAGAGGUGGUGGCUUAACCCCUGUCCCACGCCAGCCCCGGGUCUCCACCUUCUGAUGUUGUUACAGCGCCCAGUGCCAUAGGUGUGCGUAUGUCUGUGUAACCGCACACUGAUGUUAGAGUCCUGCCCCAUAGGUGUGUGUAUGUCUGUGUAACCACACACUAAUGUUAGAGUUCUGCCCCAUAGGUGUGUGUACGUCUGUGUAACCGCACACUGAUGUUAGAGUCCUGCCCCAUAGGUGUGUGUAUGUCUGUGUAACCGCACACUGAUGUUAGAGUCCUGCCCCAUAGGUGUGCGUAUGCCUGUGUGGCCGCAUACUAAUGUUAGAGUCCUGCGCCAUAGGUGUGCGUACGUCUGUGUAACCGCACACUAAUGUUAGAGUCCUGUCCCAUAGGUGUGCGUACGUCUGUGUGGCCACACACUAAUAGAGUUCUGCCCCACAGGUGUGUGUAUGUCUGUGUAACCGCACACUGUUAGAGUCCUACGCCAUAGGUGUGCGUACAUCUGUGUGGCCACACACUAAUGUUAGAGUCCUGCCCCAUAGGUGUGCGUAUGUCUGUGUAACCACACACUAAUGUUAGAGUCCUGCCCCAUAGGUGUGUGUAUGUCUGUGUAACCGCACACUAAUGUUAGAGUCCCGUCCCAUAGGUGUGUGUAUGUCUGUGUGGCCGCACACUAAUGUUAGAGUCCUGCCCCAUAGGUGUGUGUACGCCUGUGUGGCCGCACACUAAUGUUAGAGUGAGUCCUGAGCCAUAGGUGUGUGUAUGUCUGUGUAACCACACACUAAUGUUAGAGUCCUGCCCCAUAGGUGUGUGUACGCCUGUGUAACCACACACUAAUGUUAGAGUCCUGCCCCAUAGGUGUGUGUACGUCUGUGUAACCCCACACUAAUGUUAGAGUCCUGUCCCAUAGGUGUGUGUACGCCUGUGUGGCCGCACACUAAUGUUAGAGUCCUGAGCCAUAGGUGUGCAUACGUCUGUGUGGCUGCACACGGAUGUUACAGCGUCCUGCGCCAUAGGUGUGUGUACGUCUGUGUGGCCGCACACUUAUGUUAGAGUCCUGCUCCAUAGGUGUGCAUACAUCUGUGUGGCCGCACACUAAUGUUAGAGUCCUGCGCCAUAGGUGUGUGUAUGCCUGUAUGGCCGCACACUAAUGUUAGAGUCCUGCCCCAUAGGUGUGCAUACGUCUGUGUGGCCGCACACUAAUGUUAGAGUCCUGCGCCAUAGGUGUGUGUAUGCCUGUAUGGCCGCACACUAAUGUUAGAGUCCUGCCCCAUAGGUGUGCAUACGCCUGUGUGGCCGCACACUAAUGUUAGAGUCCUGCCCCAUAGGUGUGCGUACGUCUGUGUGGCCGCACACUUAUGUUAGAGUCCUGCUCCAUAGGUGUGCAUACGUCUGUGUGGCCACACACUAAUGUUAGAGUCCUGCCCCACAGGUGUGUGUACGCCUGUGUGGCCGCACACGGAUGUCCGUGGGAGCCUUAGUCACAGUUGUCAGGAGCUGGGAACAACCCAGAUGCUCCUGUACUGACGGGUGGGUGGGCGGCUGGUGGUGUAGACACCCCGUGGGGUGCACUUGGCAGAGAACGGGAAGGGGCCGGGCUCCGGCAGCGCUGGCGUGAAUGCCGAGGGAGCGAGGACCACGACUGUGGGGUUACACCUGCGCGGCUGCCCCUGACGGUGCUGGAGGCCUCAUCGGCCACGGCGGGUGGGGCAUGGGGCAGGGCCGUGUGAUGGCCGGGUGGGACAGGGUGUGCCAGGGUGUGCCGCUUACACACACCUGUGCGCACGUUAGGCCAUCACGAGCAGUCAGUUUGGGGUCAUUUUUUUAAAUAAAAAAUUGAAAAUACAGUGGGCAGACGUUUUUACAAAUUGGCAUCAUGUGCUUCAGAAUUAAUGCAGUUAACAAUUUCAUGAGACAGUUCCAGUUGGAACUGCUACAAAAACGGGUUAAACCCGACCACGUCACGGGUCUGUGACAGCGACGUGGAAGAGACGGCACAGGCGUUACUGCAGGUUACCCGGGGGGGGGGGGGCGGGGGGGGCUCCGUGUCCCUGGAGGAUGUUUGUGUGGGCACGUUAUAAAUCCAAGACGGUGCAAUCCAAGCCCAACGGGAUCGACCCUAAACUCCAUCCCGCACAGGCAGGUGUGUGAGUGGAGGGCGGCA